AUGGCUACCAAUGCUGAGGUGUUUUUUAAUUUAAGACAAGCGUUUGCAAAGAUUACAUACCCAAUUCGACCGAAAUCAAGCAAGGCAAUAGGACCAACAAGUCCGAUGGCACCAGCUGAGAAGGGGACCAGGCCAAAGGGUAUCUGGGGAAUAAUGGGCUCACCAUGGCAAGAUCCUUUGCCAAAAGGCGAAAUGGCUGUAACUCGUUUGGAUGAUUUAAAUAAUAUGAUUCAUCGGUGCUCUCUUUGGCCAAUGACUUUUGGAUUGGCAUGCUGUGCUGUUGAAAUGAUGCAUUUUGCUGCUCCGCGAUAUGAUAUGGAUCGUUUUGGUGUCGUUUUUCGUGCAUCUCCUAGACAGUCAGAUGUUAUGAUAGUCGCUGGCACAGUAACUAAUAAAAUGGCUCCGGCAGUUCGACGCGUUUAUGACCAGAUGCCUGAGCCAAAAUGGGUAAUCAGUAUGGGCUCAUGUGCAAAUGGUGGUGGUUAUUAUCACUAUUCAUAUUCAGUUUUGAAAGGUGUCGAUCGAAUUAUUCCUGUGGAUAUCUAUGUUCCUGGAUGUCCGCCAUCAGCAGAGGCAUUGUUGUACGGCGUGCUACAGUUGCAAAAGAAAAUUAAGCGAAAACGAGAGAGUUUAAUGUGGCACAGAAGAUAG